GUGUAGCACAGCGCAUGAGUGUGAAUCACGCGAGAUCUGCUUUUGAUGUGGUUGGUGGCUGAGAACUGUCCGUCUGGACCUCAUUCACUGCAGCCGUCUUGACUACUUUCAGUGCGAGGCGUUUGGCAUCUCAGACGAGGCUGUUGUGUAAUGUGAGAUUUCCACACACUCCAAUGAGAUCAGUCCACACGCCCUCUGACAGCUCAGCUCCAGCAGCCCCGCCUUCAUACUUCACACAUGCAACUUUACUCCAGUGUUAGGGAGCGUUCAGCUUGAGUCUUUCUUCAUCAUACUGAACUUCUGAUUCAUGACACUUUCACCCGUAAUGUUUGGCGAUGCGACAUCGAUAAUAGUGAGGUGAUACAGGGAUCUACACCAUGCAGGAUGGACGAACAGGAAAAGACAGACAUCGCGUUUAAAACCACUGGAUGCACCUGGUUAGGUCCAGUCAGCGAUCAGGUUGGCGUUCCUCUGGAUCAGGUGAAUUUCAUUGCCUGCCAGGUUUUUGGACUAGCGCUUGCAUUCUGGUUUCGCCUCUUUCUCAGUCCGCAGCGUGUCACCGCUGAGGUUCGACAUGCAGUCGCUCUCGUCUUUGGAGCUUCAAUCAUCAUGUUUUGCUUUGGCUGGUAUGCUGUGCAUGUCCUCAUCCUGGUCUUGUCUUGUUAUGGCAUUAUGAUCACAGCCAGUGUCCACAAUCUUCACAGAUAUACUCUGAUUGCUUCGCUCGGAUACCUCACGCUUUGCCAAGUGAGCAGAGUCUUCAUAUUCGACUAUGGCGUCCUGUCCACAGAUUUCUCAGGCCCUUUGAUGAUGAUAACACAGAAGGUCACUACUCUCGCCUUUCAGGUGCAUGACGGUAUGAGUCGAAAGCGAGAGGAACUUAAAGAGGAUCAGAGGCGUCUGGCAGUACACUCUAGGCCGUCACUGUUGGAGUACCUGAGCUACAAUAUCAACUUCCUGAGUGUCUUGGUGGGCCCCUGCUGUAUCUAUAAAGACUACAUUGAGUUUAUAAAGGGUCAGCAUGUGCAGCACAGGCUGAAAAGAGUCAAAGACAUCGGCUCACAGCAGAACGGCUGGAAUAAAGUGCCCGAGCCGUCGCCUGUGAGGACUGUGAUUAACAAGCUUCUUGUGUGCGUCUGCUGUCUGCUCUGGUUCUUCAUCAUCACCAAAGCGUUCCCCAUAACGUACAAUGUGGACCCGCAAUUCGUCAGCGAGGCCUCUUUCGUUACCAGAUUGGCCUAUGCUUUAAUUUCCGUCCAGGCAGCCAGACCCAAGUUCUACUUUGCAUGGACCCUCGCGGAUGCGGUCCAUAAUGCAGCGGGGUUUGGAGUCAGUGGUGUGAACGAGAGAGGAGAAGUGUCCUGGGACCUCAUCUCCAAUGUUCACAUCUGGGAGAUUGAGACAGCGACAAGUUUUAAAUCAUUUAUUGACAACUGGAAUAUACAGACUGCUUUUUGGCUAAAAAGUGUGUGUUAUGAUCGAGCGCCGUUUUACCGCAUGCCACUCACAUUUGUGCUGUCGGCCAUCUGGCAUGGAGUGUACCCGGGAUACUACUUUACAUUCAUCACCGCUAUACCCAUCACCUUAGCAGCUCGCACUGUACGCAGAAACUUCCGGGAGUAUUUCUUGUCUUCUCGCCUGCUCAAGAUCUGCUAUGAUGUUGUGACCUGGGCUGCCACUCAGAUGACUAUCUGCUACACUGUAAUGCCCUUCCUUCUGCUGGCCGUCGAGCCCACCAUGCAGUAUUACAGAUCGAUGUACUUUCAUGUGCAUAUCAUCAGCAUUCUGACCGUGAUCCUCCUGCCCAGCAAACCCUGCGGCUUCAAGCCUGAAAGCCUGAAAACACGGCAUUCCAACAAUAAUGUGAAGGAGGACUGAAUCCUUCUGUGUGUGUGUGUGUGAGAGAGAGAGAGAGAGAGAGCAGAGGCACUGACAGACAAAGACUACUUUGUGUGAACAAAAUAAAAGCUGGUCUGGGUCUUCUCUUGCUCAGGCCAGUGCUGAGCCAUACACACAGACACACACACACACACACACACACACACACACACACUCUCUAUUCAAACUAAACACAUACUUACACAAAACCAGCUGGAGAGAAAUGAGGGAACACACAGUUGGAGUAGUGCUGUACUAUGAGGCAAAUAUGUGACAUCUUUACUAAGUAAAUAAAUGCUGCCCAUUUUAAUGGUCUUUUAAAAUAGUUUAACAAUUUUUUUCUAAUUUAUUUUGGAUAUAACUGCAUGAUCACUUGAUACUGAUGCCAAGAGAGAAUUAUUUGAUUUGUUUGUUUUGAACUGAUGUUUCAUACUAAUGUGUAAAUAAUAAUGUCUUUAAUAAUACCUUCGUUUUGUGGUGUUACGAUGUUCAUUUUCAGUGAAAUUACAGUGUAGUAAAUACAUCAUGGCUAUGAAUGAGUGAAAAAAACUGCUGCAAACAUUAACUGAAGAAUAGUCAAAUUAGAAUGACAUGUUGUGGAAGGUGAUGUCUAAAUAAACAGGUUUUUGAAUGAA